AUCGGACCAGACAGAAUGUUCGACGCAAUCUCGUUUACACUCGUGUAUUGUCUGUAAAGUUGAAAGGAGAUCAAAAUGGAAGAAUCAGAAAGUAUAGACAGUCCCUCCAUGGAUUCUAGAAGAACAUCUAAAGAGUCCAUUAAAGAUGAUUUAAGAACUAAAUCUGAUGAAGAGGUCUUUGCCAAGACCCUGCAAUCAAAAUCAACAAGAAGACGAUCAUCAUUCCCUCUGAUUUCUGUGAGCACUGAAAGUGAUGAGUCGGUUGAGACGGUGUCCCUCUGUGAUGGAAGUGUGAUGCGAAGCAGCCCUGCUAUGGCAAGUUCUAUGGGAGCAUUACCUGAUGUUAAAACUCACUUCCCACUGCGUAACAAGUUCCUUCAAGUUCCCAAGACCCAUGCAGACCUUGGAAGCACAUUAAGUAUAGCUAGCCACAGGCUGGUAAGACCACCAUGCACCACAAGAACUCAACCAGAAGAAUCCAAAUUAACCUCGAAACCAAAGCGGAAGUGGUACCAGCUCCUGCAGCAGUCAUCUGUCCAGUUUGGUCUUGAUUUCUGCUACUCUACAGAAGGUGCCUUGGUUACGCCUAUUCUACUUCAGUUGGGUCUACCAGAUCAUCUUUAUGGACUUGCUUGGAUUCUUGCACCCGUCCUGGGUCUCAUUCUGGCUCCUCUUAUUGGGUCGGCUAGUGACCGGUGUUAUAGUCCAAUGGGUCAAAGAAGACCUUUCAUUCUGUCUCUAGGGAUCUGUGUUAUGAUAGGGACGGCGCUGUAUUUGAACAGUGCCGAUCUUGGUGUCCUGAUCAGUAAAGAUGAUGCAAAUACUGCUACAAUGUGGGGUAUUGCAAUAACAGUAAUUGGGGUAGCAUUGACGGACUUCAGCGCCGAUGCCUGUGGCUCACCUUUCAAGGCAUACCUGAUGGAUACAUGCAAUCUUGAUGACCUUAAGCGUGCUCUUGGCAUGCGGAGUACUCUCGGAGGUAUUGGUGGAGGUCUGGGCUACAUCUGUAUUGCCAUUGACUGGGAACAGACAGUCUUUGGACAGGCCCUUGGGAGUCAGCUCCGAGUGAUUUUUCUUUUGAAUAUCACCAUGCUUCUCAUCUCCUUCAUCCUUACUCUGACAAGCGUUCCAGAGGUUCCCUUGAGGAGAUUUUCAUCAAGGAGUGAGUCAGAAACAAAGUACAUCCCAUGCAGUGAUGAAGAAAGUGAUGGAACUAGUGACAAAUCGCUGGACACCAACCAGGGCAAAGUGCUUAAAUUUUGGUGUUUUAUCAAGUGGUUCUACAGGAAAAGGCCAACAGAGGAUAUUUCUCUUGAAAGUAGCGAAAGAACUUCCUUGUCGUGUGAUGAAAUUGAUGAGGGCAGUCCACAUUGUGAUGAGGAACGACCCCAUAAACAUAACAAAACCUAUGCAAAGCUCAAGAAGCAUAGAAUUUCCAAAGGGCAGUGUAGAUCAUCCGAUGGAAAACCUGCAAAUAAUGGAGGAGGAAGUAACAGGAGCUUUGUUCCAAAGAAGAAAGCCAAGUCACCGUCAAAGAAAUCCGAAGCAGGCUCGCUGGCUGGAAGCAACUGUAUUUUGAAGAUCAACCCAAGUGACGAUACCAAGGACUUCUUGAAUUCCCAAGCCAAAAUGCCAGCGGGGUCGUUCAAUCAUGACGCAACCAUGCACCAGUGCAACGACAGCAGCCAAUCUCUAGCUAUCUGCAUAUCCAACCCUUCUGUUGAGAUCAACUGUGGUGAUGAUGAAGAGGGGGGUGAAAGUGAUGACGAUGAUGAUAAUAAGGGUGAACCAGUAUCCAUUCUGCAGUUGCUUCGGUCAACAAUCCACAUGCCCAAGGAGUUGAGGUAUUUGAGUUUGGUGAAUUUCUUGGGAUGGGCCAGCAUCAUCAUAUUGAUCUGUUUCUUCACUGACUUUGUGGCUCAAGCUGUAUACCACGGUGACCCCAGUGCGGAGCCUGGUACAGAAGAGUAUCGUCUGUAUGAGGAGGGAGUUAAGAUGGGCAGUUGGGGACUAUGUGUCUACUCCUUUGUUUCCUUUGCUCUUGGGUUGGUAAUGACUACCAUACAACGCUAUUUCAGUCAGAAGUUCAUCUUCGUGACUGGUCACUUCAUCUUGGCUGUAUCAUGCGGUGCUAUGGCCCUGUUUACCAACCAUCCCCAUGCCAUCCUAUUCCUAUGCUCUGGACAAGGUAUUGCCAUUGUUAUUCAAAUGACAAUACCCUACAAUGUACUGGGCAUCUAUCACAAAAGUGAAAAGUUCAAGAACCCACCAGGAGGGCUCCCUCGGGGACUUGGUACAGACAUGGCUUGUAUCGACAUCCAGGUGUUCCUAUCACAGAUCAUAGUUUCCGCUGCGUUGGGUCCUCUGAUCCAGCUAACUGGAUCUCACAUCUCCAUCGUUGUGUCUGCCGCCAUCAUGUCGUUCCUGGCGUCGCUUUGCGCUGCAUUCUUGGUGACGUACGAGCUGAAAGAUGUCUGAUUUGAAAUUACAGA